GAAUUAAGCAGCAAAUGUGUGUACCAUAUAAUGACACUGUACACGUCACAAAUGUGUUUUAAGACUAAAUUGAAGAUGUAUUAGAUUACAAAACAUCUAAAUGGUUACAGAAAGUACUAAUGUUUUUUGAACUUCCUGCGUUGCCGUAGAAUGUAGAGAGCCUGAGACAAGUGCAUGACGGGAAAACACGUGGAGAGAGGUGUAUUUUCAUGCAGCUGACCCUGCAGAUGUGAGAUCUCAUCACUGUUUUCAAGCAUUUAUUUACAUUAAACCUCUAAUGUAACAACACAAGUCUGCGUGAUUUAACAGGUAAUUAGGAAGCACUAAAACAGAACCAGAGGCAUGGCUUCUAAGAAGGGCCAGGACGGCGAUGACCGUUUCCUCAAGGUGAAGAAGGACCCUCGCUUUUGGGAGAUGCCCGACAAGGAGCGCAAAGUCAAGAUCGAUAAGCGGUUCCAGUCCAUGUUCCACGACGACCGUUUCAAACUUAAAUACACAGUCGACAAGCGCGGCAGACCCUUCAACCACACCUCGUCCGAGGAUCUGAAGAAGUUCUACAAGCUGUCAGACUCGGACGUAUCCGAUGCAGAGCUGGAGGAACAAGAGGGUAAGAAAAAGAAGAAGAAGAAGAAAAAGAAGGCCCUCAAAGCGGAGUUGGAGGAGAUCCAAGACGGAGACGAGGCUGAGGAAGAGGAGGAAAAAGAUGAGAAGAUGAAAGACACCCCCCUUAAGACAGUGGCACCAAAAAGAGGGGUGAAAGUCUACGAGGAAGGUGAAGAAGAGGAGGAGCCGAGUGAUGACGAAGAAGGAGAUGACGAGGAUGAGGACGACGACGACGAUGAUGGUGAUUCGGAGGAGGGUGUCUCAGAAGGUAGUGAGGAGGAAGUGGAAGGAGAAGAUGAUGAUGAUGACGAAGAGGAGGAUGGUGAUGAGGAAGAUGAUGAUGAAGAUGUAGGUAGUGAGUCUGAAGAUGAGGAGAGCGACAGCAGCGGCCCUGACUUGGCCAGAGGCAAAGGCAACGUGGAGACCAGCUCAGACGAGGACGACGACGACGACGAGGUGGAGGAAAUGCUUCGCCGCGAGGCAGAUGAGAUCGUGCACGACUGGGGCGAGAUGUGGAAGGACGCUCCUCGUGCUGAUGACGUGUCCCGACGGCUGGCGGUGUGCAACAUGAACUGGGACAGGAUGAAGGCCAAAGACCUGCUGGCCCUCUUUAACUCCUUCAAACCUAAAGAUGGCGUCAUCCUCUCUGUCAAGAUUUACCCGUCUGAGUUUGGGAAGGAGCGUCUGCAGGCUGAGCAGACUCAGGGCCCCAUGGAGCUCGCCGCUCUGCCCGACGACUUGGACGACAACGACACGGAAGAGAAGAGGCUGUACCGGGAGAAGAUCAGGGACUACCAGUUCAAGCGUCUGCGCUACUUCUACGCCGUGGUGGAGUGCGACUCGCUGAAAACGGCGGCCAAGAUCUACGAGGAGUGUGACGGCUUCGAGUACGAGAGCAGCUGCUCCACCAUGGACCUGCGGUUUAUUCCAGAGGAGAUGGUGUUUGAGGAUGAGCCCACGGACUCCGCCGUGGAUGUGGACCUGUCCAGCUACCAGCCCAAAGUCUUCAGCUCCACGGCCACCACCACUGCCAAGGUGGAGCUGACGUGGGACGAGACGGACCACGAUCGCGUCACGGCUUUCAGCAGGAACUUCAACAAAAACGAGCUGCUGGACAUGGACUUCAAGGCUUACCUGGCCUCCUCCAGCGAGGAAGAAUUGGAAGAGGAGGAAGAGGAGCAGACUGAAGUCAUACCAGAAGCUCCCAAGCCAGCGGUAGAGAGCAUUGAGCCGGUGGAGAAAGAGGAGGAGAAGAAGGAGAAGAAGAAGAAGAAGAAGACGACUAAGGAGGACCAGAUCGCCAAGUACCGGGAGCUGCUGCAGGGCAUCCAGGAUAAGGAGCGCAGUAAGGAGCGCGACCGCGACAUGGAGAUGGAGAUCACCUGGGUGCCAGGUCUGAAGGAGAAGACGGAGAAGCUGGUGAAGAAGAAGAUGGAGGGGAAGGAGGAGCUGACGCCGUGGGAGGAGUUCCUGCAGAAGAAGAAAGACAAGAAGAUCGAGAAGAAGAAGAGAGCCAAACAGUCUGCCGAGGCGGGCAUCAGUGAUGACGAGCUUCCUGCUGACGUUGACUUCAAUGACCCCUUCUUCUCCGAGGAGCUCGGCAGCACCGCCCUGAAUAGCAAAUCCAAGGGCAAGAAGAAGAAGAGGGAGGUGGAGGAGAAGACGCCGGAGGAGGAGGAGGAAGAGGAGAGGCAGAAGGCUGAGAUGGCUCUUCUGAUGGAUGACGACGAUGGCGAGCAGCACAAGCACUUCAACUACGACAAGAUCGUGGAGGAGCAGAACCUGAGCAAGAAGAAGAGGAAGAAGCUCCUGAAGAGCAGCACGGCCCUGGAGGAGGACAACUUCCAGGUGGACCUGAAGGACCCUCGGUUCGACGCCAUGUUCACGUCUCACCUGUACAACCUGGACCCGUCGGACCCCAGCUACAAGAAGACCAAAGCCUCGCAGAGCAUCGCGGCGGAGAAGCAGCGUCGCAGAGAGGAGAAGGAGCGGAGGCAGGAGCAGGAAAUGGCUGCCAAGAAACAGGAAGCGGACGCGGACAGGGAUGGGUCGACGUCGACGUCGACGUCCAAGAGGAAAGGGGUGGACCCCAAUCUGUCUUUGCUUAUCAAGAACAUCAAGAACAAGACGGAACAGUUCCAGGCCCGCAAGAAGCAGAAGAUGUCUUAGAACAUUCUGGUUUUGGAAGGUGGGCAGCACACCUGCUUGAUUUGGGGGUUACUGCUCUCAUUUAUUUGCAACGUAUCACCUAUGGACGAUUUAACCGCAAAAGCUGUGGUCAAAACCAUCCCAUAACUUACACACACACACGUGUGUAUCAGGACUGUUUUGAUAAUUGCUACCUGGGACACGUUUUAUUUUUGGAUGUAUCUAUAUGAACUAUUACUGUUUUGAGAUUGGCUUUCUCCUUCAUCAUCAUUAUUAAAAGAUGAUUCAGAAAAGAAGUCACACUUUCACAGAAA